UUUUCUUUAGUAACAAUAAGUAAAAAUACGUAUUAAUUAUUGAUUAUAGCGUGAAAAAUGGACUUGAUCAUUAAAAUGCAUGGUAGUUUUCUUACAAAGUUUCCUUUUAAUUUAGACACAAAAUUUAAUAUCAUAUCUUCAUAUUAAUAAAACUACACAAAAUUGACUUCAUGAUAUGAAUAAAGACUAAAUGCAUGUUAAACUAAUGUUCCAUGUGCUCCCGUAAUAAAUAACAACAACAAAAAAAAAAAAAAGAAAAAAAAGUAGGCUUGGCCAAAUUCCCAGAUCUCCACUAAUCUACACAUCAUCUCCUUCCCCUUUUCCAGACGGUAUCGAUCAACCUCGGGCUUUACGUCAGUAUUGAUAACUUUAAAAAAAAACAGAAAAGAAAGAAAUAAGAUGAAAUCAAGUGCAAUUGUUCAGUAAAUGUCGAAGACGGACGCACGGAUACAUCUUUGCUGUUUUACUUAAAAAAAGAAAAAAUAUAUACAUUAAAUAGUCUUUUUUUCUUGAUUUAAAAACAUGUUGACAGACUUGGACUUUCGUGUUAAGUACUUUUUUUAGAAAAAAAAUAACAUAACAAAAAAAAAAAAAAAAAAAAAAAAACUGAAAGUGGGACCGGGUGAUGGUUGUUUAACGAGGGGGAAUCCAGCCCACAUAUUUAUUGCAGCCGCUGAAAAAAAUCUCCUCAAUAUCCCCCAAGAUGGCCGCCGAUGUAGGAUCGAUGUUUCAAUAUUGGAAGAAAUUUGAUCUACGGCGGCUCCAGAGGGAGCUAAACUCUGUAGCGUCUGAGCUGGCGGGUCGACAAGAGGAGAGCGAACAUUCCCACAAGCACCUGGUAGAGCUGAGCAGGGAGUUCAAGAGAAAUGUCCCCGAGGAAGUCCGGGAGAUGGUGGCACCUGUUCUCAAGAGUUUCCAAGCCCAGGUGGUUGCUCUGAACAAGCGCAGUAAGGAGGCAGAGUCUGCGUUCCUGGGAAUCUACAAACAGCUUAUCGAGGCCCCAGAUCCAGCUCCUUUGCUGGAGGCCUCACAUUCCCUGGAGGAAAGGCUGCAACAACUUCAGAGUUCGGCCCCAGACAGCGAGGCCCUGGUACGAGAGAUCACUAGGCACUGGAAGAAACACCUGGAGUGCCUUGAAAAGACAGAGCCUGCUGAAGACGGUCCAGCAGGCUCAGGAUCAGCAGUGGCCCCAGAAUUCGGCUCCCCAGCUUCCCUGAUGACUCCAAACAGCACACCGGCUCCGGGGGCCCCAGACUCCCCACAGCAGAACUACCAGGACAGAGCUGAAGACCGAGGGGAGGAGGAGAGCUCUGAAGUUAGUAUGGCUGCCAGACUAUCAGAGGCCGAUGAGAAGAUCAAAGUUCUGCAUACAUCUUUGAAUACUGCACAGACAGAACUGCUGGACCUGCGGUGUAAAUACAACCAGGAGAUGACGAACAAGACAGAGGAGGUUGGCGCCAUUAUGGCAAAUCUUGAGAAAGCAAACCAGAGAGCGGAAAUGGCUCAGAGGGAAGUGGAGAGGCUAAAGGAGCAGUUAGCCAGUGCCACCAUGGGAAGCAGCCACCCAGCAGAGGGUACUAGCCGGGAGAAGAACGAGAAGGGCGACGUGUUGCCCUCCCAGCUGGAGGCCGCCUUGCUGGCUAAAGACCGCGAAAUCCUCCGCCUCCUCGAAAAUAUUCAGCGGCUGCAGUUCACGCUACAGGAAGUUCAGGAGACCUCAGCCAAUCAGAUUCUAGAGCUGGAACGCCAGCUGGCUUACAAGGCCGAAGCUAUCGAGAGAUUAGAAGCUAAACUGCAAUCCCAGAUCGACUAUGAAGAGAUUAAAACUGAGCUCAGUAUCUUAAAAGUAAUGAAGCUGGCUUCUGCAAAUGGCAGCUCAUCUCAGGAUUCUGCCAAAGCUGCAGAGGCUCUUCUGCUGGAUAAAGAGGUGUUUCUUCCAUCUCACAAAUACCUGUUGGAUAAGACCCGAAUAUUGCACAGCAAUGAUGACGACCAUUCUGAGGAUGCAGGCAGGGAGACAGGCCGACCACCCGCCUCCCACUCGUCCUCCUCUCAGGCAGACAGUCAGGCCUCCCCUAGCCCUGGACCCCCUACCCUGGACGGUUCCUCCUCCAGCCACGAUCUCCCCCGUCCCUUCUCUGUGUCGCCAUGCUCCGGGGACCGACUGUCAGGAGACCACAUCCUCCACAAGCAGCUCCUCUCCCCACACUUUAAAAAGGAGGGCCUCAUGGCUUUCCCCACCGCCCUCUAUGCAGCCAAAGUUGCCCUCAUGUCAUCCUCUCAAGGGUCCGUGGGGGCGGGAAGCGUUGACGCCGGCUUGCCCAGCGACCAGUCAGAAAGCGGCAGCUCGACUGCAGGAGACGAUGACCAACUGGACACAGCAGAGAUCGCCUUCCAGGUGAAAGAGCAGCUGCUGAAGCAUAACAUCGGCCAGCGCGUGUUUGGCCACUAUGUGCUCGGCCUCUCCCAGGGCUCGGUCAGUGAGAUCUUGGCAAGACCCAAACCUUGGAGGAAGCUGACUGUGAAAGGCAAAGAGCCUUUUAUUAAGAUGAAGCAGUUCCUCUCUGAUGAACAGAACAUCUUGGCACUGAGGACCAUCCAGGUCCGCCAGAGAGGGAGCAUCACUCCACGCAUCCGAACUCCUGAAACUGGGUCAGACGACGCUAUUAGGAAUAUCCUAGAGCAGGCCAAGAAGGAGAUCCAGUCCCAGAGGGGAGAUUGGAAAGGAGAUUUGAGAGUGCAUCAGUGUCAGCGUGUGGGUCUUUCUUGUUUAGGUGAUGGCAAGUCAUCUCUGAACAGCUCAUCAGGCAGAAGCAGUAACGGGGCAGGUAGCAGCUCUGACGAAACCAUAAAAAACAUCCUAGAACAAGCUAGAAGGGAGAUGGAGGCCCAGCAGCAGGCCCUAAUGGAGAUGGAGGUGUGUGGGAGGGCGUCAACUGCCAGCUCAGGGGUCCAAGUGGAACGUCUGGGUCCCCCUGAGCGCUCCAGGGGCCUGCCUUUACCCAUCUCCAUCAAACAGGAGGAGGGGGGCUGUGUUACCGUGUGCAUGGCCAACUCCAUCAGCAGCCCCCAGACACCACUCAGUGUCCUCUCCCCGGCUGCUUUCGUCCAGAAUAUCAUCCGCAAAGUCAAAUCUGAAAUUGGGGAAGCAGGAACCUACUUCGAUCAGCACUGGUCUCAGGACCGAGGCUCUUUGGGACUUGGAGUUAGCUCUCGGCCUUUCAAUUCGGUCUCUCCCGCCUUGUCUUCAGCUUCUUCUGGACCAUCGGCCCUACCCCGACCCUGGCCCCGUCUGGAGAACGGCGAGGGGCUUCCCAACAGUGAGGAGGCCUCUGCGGCUGAGGACGAGCUGGGCCUGGGCAGACCAGUGGAGGUGAAGGUGGAGUCAGAUACCUCAGUGAGCGGUGAAUCCCCAGGACCUGGACCAGGACGUCUUUCCUACUACCCAGCAUAUAUACCCCGUGCGCUGAAGCCCACCGUGCCCCCCCUGACUCCAGAGCAGUAUGAGAUGUACAUGUACAGGGAGGUGGACACCAUUGAGCUGACCAGGCAGGUGAAGGAGAAACUGGCGAAGAACGGCAUCUGUCAGAGGAUCUUUGGUGAAAAGGUGCUGGGGCUUUCUCAGGGUAGUGUGAGUGACAUGCUGUCUCGACCCAAACCCUGGAGCAAGCUGACCCAAAAAGGUAGAGAGCCCUUCAUCCGUAUGCAGCUUUGGUUACUGGAUCAGCUAGGACAGAGCCUCAGUCAGCCCCCAAACCAGGGCCCCACUCAGGAUAAAAGCCCGGUGACAGCCCAGUCCUCCCCGUCCCCGCCUCCUAGUCCAGCUGAGAGCCAUCCAAGUCCGUUGGUUGAGCCUGUCAGUCUCUCGCUGGAGAGCAGCAAGGAGAAUCAGCAGCCUGAGAACCUGGGCUUGGGGUUGCCCACCCACCCAGAGGGAGGAAAAUCCACUCCCAGUCUCAUGGCCCUACAUCAGCCUACAAACCCAUUGGGCAUCCAGGAGUUGGUGGCCAUGUCCUCAGAGCUAGACACAUAUGCCAUCACCAAGAAGGUGAAAGAGGUGCUAACAGACAACAACUUAGGCCAGCGUCUCUUUGGGGAGACCAUUCUGGGUCUGACUCAGGGCUCCGUGUCUGACCUGCUCUCCAGACCCAAACCGUGGCACAAACUCAGCCUGAAAGGCAGGGAGCCAUUUGUCCGCAUGCAGCUUUGGCUCAACGAUCCCCACAAUGUUGACAAGCUGAGGGCCAUGAAGAAGAUGGAGAAGAAAGCUUAUCUGAAGAGGAGGUAUGGGCUCCUGAGCACCGGCUCAGACAGCGACUCACCCAGCACUCGUUCUGAGUGUGUGAGUCCAGCCUUGGCCUCGCUGGACUUGUGCCCCUACAGUCAGGUGAAGAAGCCUCGAGUGGUGCUUGGAGCUGAGGAGAAAGAAGCCCUGAGGAAGGCCUACCUGCUGGAGCCCUACCCAUCUCAGAACACCAUUGAGAUGCUCGCGUCACAGCUCAACCUCAAAACUAACACCGUCAUCAACUGGUUCCACAACUACAGGUCCAGAAUGCGGCGGGAGGUGUUGAUGGAGGGUCUUCCAGAUAAUGACACAGAUGCUGAGCACCACAGCUACUCCCCCUCAGUGACCAGGAGCCCCCACUCUGACGGAGAGGAGAGGAGGCUGCAGCAGCCCUCAGGACACAUCAGCUCCAGCCUUCCUCUUAGUGCCAACACUGCACUGCCUCACGUCAAACAGGAGGCAAUAGACAGGGAAGAUAUUGGGGAGGAGGGAAGGGAAGGCUCCACGAAAACAUCAAGGAUUCAGUGUUUUCCCACAGCAGUACCGUUCCCGCAGUUGAAAAGCGAGCAUGAGGACUCUGUCGGCUGUCCUGAGCCGCUCUUGGCUGGCCAGACCCUGAGGCAAGAUGAGGGGAUGAACAGCCAGGCUCAGGGCCUCUACUCUGGUGCAGUCUCCAUAGACGGUCCACAGAGAGCCAACCAGUCCCGCCACGAGGGUGAAGAAUCUGGAAAGUCACCCGUUGACCCUGUCAGUUUCAAGGCCUCAUCAGAGCCCUGCCGCAGCAGCCUGGAGGUCUCCCUAAAUUCUCCCUCUGCUGCAUCUUCACCUGGCCUCAUGAUGUCAGUCUCCCCUGUUCCCUCCUCUUCGGCUCCCAUAUCGCCCUCGCUGCCCAAUCCUCCGUCAACUAGCACCAAUCACAGCCUGGACCCUAACCCGCUCCCUCCCUUCCAAAGUCCCAAACUCAACAGAAGCACUCAGAGACGCAAUGAGAAAAUGGCCAACCUCAACAACAUCAUCCACAGGCUAGAGAGGGCGGCCAAUCGAGAAGAAACACUGGAAUGGGAGUUUUAAAUCCACUUUAGUUGUAUCUAGCCCUGUCGACCCUUGUGCCAUGCAAGAGAGUCCCAGACAGAAGCGUGCUGAAGACUUUGCAUGGAGCUUGGCUCCUGAAGACCUGUCCUUUCAGACUGAUAACUCAUAGGAAAUGGGAACUAAGAGCUAAUCAUUUGGCUGAAUUCCCUACAAGAACAAGAGUUAAAAUUUAUAAAUGUGUAUUUGUUUUUUGUUUUCUUUUGAUAAUGCAUACUACUUUUAAAUAUAUGUGGCAGCACUAGCUGUUGUUUUACCUAUUGGACUUGACAUGAAGACUUUUGCAGCUAUGGUGUCAUAAAAUGUACACUGAAGUUCUGUAGAUUGCCACUGGGUGAGAUUAAAAAAAGACCCCUGUCUUAAGCCAUUAAAAGCACUAUAACUAUUUGAAAAGAGACAUUGACCAAAUUUGCUACUUUUUGAAUAGCAAUUUUUCAGAUUUUGUCUGUAAGACUGGACAGUUUGUCAAGUAACAUGAAAUCCAAUUACCUGACUGAGGGAUAGUCCUUUAAGACUCUAAAUAUUCAACAUCUUGUAUGUACUUAGUUUCUUGGUGAUAUGUUUUGAAAUAUUUGUAACUCACACGUAUAAAAUGUGGUUGUACAUGUUGUAGAAUUGUCUGCAAUAGCCUUCUCUAAACCUGAUGUAGCAUGGUACUCACCUGACCCUGUUAUCCUCUGUAGUUAGUCACCUGUGAUUAUACUUGAGCGAAAACAAGAGAAAAAAAAGUUCAAAACCCUGCAAAAAAUAAGAAAAAAGGAAAUGGUAAAUCUAAUGAGUACUUUUAGUGUUUUGUUUUGUUUUUUUCUUUGAAUAUUCCUUGAGGUUUACAGUAUAGGGCCCUUUGUGCUUUUUUGAUGUGAUGUGAAAUAUUCACUUCACAUGAGCACAGUUUACAUGAUUUCUUUCACACUUACCUCUCUGACCCUCUAAGGCACUGGUUCUCAGACGAUAAUGGGCCAAGACACAGGACACCUGGUUUACCUCAGAUUCCGUUGAUGCACAUCAUGCUAUGACCAUGCGUUUUAUUCUUAUACAUGAACAUGACCCACGCUUAUUUGAAUCAGUGGAGGGAAACUGCCCCGUAUCAUGCCUCAGAUGUCAGUUAACGCCUCAAAGAACAAACCUGAGGCAAGUGGGGCACUUUAAUGAGCUAAAUCUAUCUUUUGCAAUGUACACAUUGCUGUUGGAAAAAAAGUGGAGGUAAGUAAUUGCAAACCUCCUCAUAAGUAACACCUCGUUGAGUGCACAGUCUCAAAAUCUCUACUUAUCGUACCUAGAAUCAAAUCUACUUAAAGGAGCAUUGUGUAGCAUUUAGAGACAUCUAGUGGUUAGCCCAGAGACUGCAACCAGUUAAAUACCUUGAGCUGCAUCCACCCUUUGAAAUUUGAAAGACCCUAGGCAUUUAUCAAUUCCAAGUAUGCGUGCUACAAGCAUUGCCUUCUGUGAUUUCGAAUGGCAGCAUACUUGAUGACACUUAAUCAUAACUCCUGGGGCAAUAACACAUCUAGAGAAUUAGGACUGUACUUGGUCAGUUGUUUAAGUGGAAUUGGAACAGUAGUUGGGCAGCAAGUGGUGACAUUUUGCAUAAACACAAGUACAGACUGACUAGUUCCAGUGUUUGAUUUAUCCAAUCUGGGCUACUGUGGAAACAUGGCACUGCAACAUGGCAACCUUGGCAGAAUAGGAGUCACUCCCUCUAUGGAUCAUCCCUCAUUCUAAGCUAAUGAAAAUCCAACAAUUCUGAUUUUCAUCUGAUUAAUCACCAAUAAUAAUAAAAAAUAAAUAAUUAUGAAUAUUAUACUCCCCCUAAAUUCUACACAUUGAACCUUUAAUCAAACACCUCAGCUUAUAAGCUCUGAGAUGUUUAGUUAUGCAUUGAGUGCCACUACGGUGCUGUGCAUUGUUCUGUUUUGGGGCUCAAGCUCAUAGUAUUUGAAAGCAUGAUACAUACAGUAUGACCUCUCAUCAACUUGAAAACAUUCAAUCUGUAAGUACAUUUUAUCCAAGAACUCGAAAGGUUACAGGUAUCCCCUCAUAUUAUCUUUGACCACUUGUGUAUUGUGUCUGUAGACGUUUCUUUGUCAUGCUUGCAAGAUGUUCUUUAUGUAUUUUGCCUCUAUUUUAUACUCAGAACAGUUAACUAGAUAUUCAAUACCUCGUGUAUGAAGUACUUACAGCACUUAGAUUUUGAUAAUUGUGAGAAUUCAAGAAAAUUUCAAAUAUCAACAUUAUCCUAACUUAGUGUCCACAAGUCUUUGCCUUUACUGUAUUGUUGAAGUUGGUAGUAAACACUUGCACAUGUCUACAUAGUUCAGAGGACUUGGAUUGUAUUAUGUAGAGUUAUAUAUUACACAAUUGCUUAAAAAAAAAUAAUAUCUUACAUUCUCGGAACAAAAUGUGCUGAUUAUAUUGAAAUAGAGUGUACAGAUUUAAUAAACCAAACCCAUUCAAGCCAGUUCUGGUCUGGCAAGCUUGCCCACGUUUUAGACCUUCUCUCAGGGUAGUCUUGCUUUUUAAAGCUUUAUUGAAACAGUUGCUCUCAUCGGUGGUGGUGAUUAUGACAUGUGGUGUAGAGAAUGACUCCAUUAUAUAUUAAAUGAACAUGUGAAAGUUGUAUGAAUAUGGGAAUUUCAGAUUUCACAGAAAAUUGCUGUUUGCUGGAGAGCUGUUGCUGAUUUGUAAUUCAUUACACAGAUGUGUCAAAGUACAACGCAGACUGGAACAACCGGGAUGAGGCUAAUGGGUCACAUUUUUGAGAUCAGUAGACUUUGCUCUCUAAAAUACUGUUUUUAUUUUCUCUUGGAGCCACAGAAGAUUUUUGUCUGGUAUCCAUACCACCAUAUUUUGUGCAUAAUAUACUGUAUGAUUAGAAGUGGCAUUUUUUAUGUGGAAAUUUCAUUGUCAUGGCAACAUGGACAUAUGACUUAAAAAGAAAUGUAUUUACCCCGACCAUUAUCUCUUCAUGUAAACCUCAUCUUCAUUGUUUUGCAUGCAAAUCCAGGUCACAUGACAAGUAACGAAUCGUUUUUAUGUUAUUGUUCUGGCAUAGGGACAUCAAAUCAACACUUUUGUUUUGCAUUAGUGAAGUCCACUCAUGAUGCAGCUGAUAAAUUUGGCUCUGGCAAAGUCAUGAUUCCAGUUAAAUCAGGAGCCAAUAAUUACCCCGUAAACAUUAUUUUUCAGGUAAAUAUUUGAAUCAAGAUUAUUUUGUGCCAUAUCAUGUACCUCACACAUUUUCUGCAUGGAGAAAUGCCAAGCAGUAAAGUGUGAUCUAAAAGGUGUUUAGGGCUUCUUGUAACCCAGUUCGGAAAAAGCAAAGCUUUUCUUUUUUAUUAGAAGGAACCUACACAUUAGAUUGAUUUAUUUUAUAAUGACAUUAGUCACUAAAUAGUAAGGUAACUGAUCAGUAAAUUUUGAAUCAACAUUUACUCUACCACUGAGGGUUUGUCACAAAAUUUGAAAGUCAGCUGUGAGCCAAUAAAGAAAAGUGUUGUGUUGGCUUAAAUAACUGUCUAAUGCCUCACCUGUUAGGCUAUUAAAUGUUAAAGAAUGGAUAAAGGUAUGCCAAGCGUCUUGGAAAUUAAAUUGCAUAUGUAAGCCAUCACUCAAUACAUAAUUGUUUAAGA